AUGUCACAGAUGUUCCAGAGAUUCCGAGUGGACGUGUCCAGUCGGCAGUUGGACCUACAGAUCUGGAGUUCAGUGGAGGUGUCCAGAACAAGAAGCUGCUCAUGGACUGAACUGUCCCCGUUUUUACAGGGCCAUGUGGUCUUUGAGGACGUGACUAUAUAUUUCUCCCAGGAGGAGUGGGGCCUCCUUGUUGAGGCUCAGAGAAGCUUGUACCUUGAUGUGAUGCUGGAGAACUUUACACUUUUGUCCUCCAUAGGUUGUUGGCAUGGAGCCCGGGAUGAAGAGGCACCUUCAGAGCAAGGUGUUUCUGUAGGAGUGUCACAGGUCAGGACUCCAAAGCCAGGUCUGUCCAUCCAGAAGGCCCAUUCUUGUGAGAUGUGUGGCACACUCUUGAAAGACAUUUUGUGCCUGGCUGAGCACGAUGGAAUACACCCCAAGCAAGAGAUGUAUGGAUAUGUGGCAAAUCUUUCCCAGUACCAAAAGGAGCAGAGUAGAAAGAAACUAUCCAGAUGGGAUGAGGGGAGGCCUUCAUUUGUGAAGAAGUGCAGUGUUCACAUGACAGGGAGGACCUUCAAGUGCAAUGAAUGUGGGAAAGCCUUUCGCCACAAACAUAUACUUGUUGAGCACCAGAAAAUCCACACUGGAGAAAGGCCUUAUAAGUGCAGCAAAUGUGGCAGGACCUUUAUUAUAAGCUCCACACUUGAGAGACAUCAGAAAGCUCACACUGGAGAAAGGCCUUAUGACUGCAGCAUAUGUGGUAGACUCUUUAGCCAAAACUCCCACCUCAUUCAGCACCAAAAUGUUCACACCAGAGAAAAAACUUAUCAAUGUAGUGAAUGUGGGAAAUUCUUUAUGGACAGGUCUACAGUCAUUAUUCAUCAGAGAGUUCACACUGGAGGAAAGCCUUAUAAGUGCAGUGAAUGUGGGAAAGUCUUUAGAUACAACUCCAGCCUCAGUAAACAUCAGAGAAUUCACACUGGGGAAAAGCCAUAUAAAUGCAGCGAAUGUGGGAAAUUCUUUAGGUAUAGCUCUACACUUGAGAAACAUCAGAAAGCUCACACUGGAGAGAGGCCUUAUGAGUGCAAUGAAUGUGGGAAACUCUUUAGGCACAACUCAAAUCACAUUAGACAUAGGAGAAAUCAUACUGGAGAAAGGCCUUAUGAGUGCAGCGUAUGUGGUAGACUCUUUAGCCAAAACUCCCACCUUAUUCGGCACCAGAAUGUUCACACUAAAGAAAAAACUUAUGGAUGUAGUGAAUGUGGGAAAUUCUUUAUGGACAGGUCCACACUCAUCAUUCAUCAGAGGGUUCACACUGGAGAAAAGCCUUAUGAGUGCAGUGAGUGUGGGAAAGUCUUUAGAUACUACUCCAGCCUCAGUAAACAUCGGAGAAUUCACACUGGGGAAAAGCCUUAUGAGUGCGUCAACUGUGGGAGAGGCUUUAGCCAAAACUCCCACCUCAUUAGUGCUGGCGGGACACUACAGGAGAUCCGGAGCGCCUCGGGUUGCCGGGGCCGGUGGCGCUGUGGGAACUACAUUACCCGGAAGGCACUGCGGCGUGCGUCGGCAGCGCUGGGCCAAGGAAGGCUCGGGAGAGGCGUCUCCGUGCGAGCGGACGGCGUCUGGGCGGGCCUUCCGGCAUCGUCCUUGGGCGACAUUUUGUAA